CCUCAACUCUCAUCUCUCCCGUUCCCAAAUUUCGUUCUACCCACAUCAUCUGUGCCCUCCAACAUUCCAGGUGCCCAGUACAACGAUGUCGAACCUCAGCUAUGACUUUGCAAUGAUGAUGUUCGACUUGGUAUCGCAGGUUUUCUUUCGUGAGGUCAGGACACGCGGCUCGCACCAUAUCCCCCGCCAUGGACCAGUCAUAUUCGUUGCGGCACCUCAUAGUAACCAGUUUCUAGACCUCCUACUUGGUCUUGAGAUAUACAAGGAGACACGACGACGGGCACAAUUCUUGAUUGCAGCAGCCAGUAUGAAGCGUAGAUUCAUCGGCUUCAUGGCAAGGGCCUUGCACAACAUCCCCGUCGCUCGCGCUCAGGACGAUGCCAAACCGGGAGCUGGUACCGUCUCGUUAUCUGCCGACGACCCGUGUCGUAUCAUCGGCAAGGGCACACGAUUCACCUCCGUAUUCUCCCCUCGCAUGACAAUCACGCUUCCGAAAGACAUCGGCUACGCAUCGUCCGAGGUUGUCGAAGUCAUCUCGGACACUGAGCUACUGAUCAAGCGCGAGCUGAAAGGGGAAGAUAACGUUGGGACUGCGCAAGUGCUGGAGGCGCUAGAACAGCUCCGCAAGGAGGGCGCGGACGGUUUUGCGUACAAAUGCGUGCCAUAUGUGAGCCAGGAGGACAUGUUCAGGCAGGUGUAUCAUCAGCUCGACGACGGAGGCGGGAUCAUCAUAUUCCCCGAAGGUGGUAGCCACGACCGAACCGACUUCCUGCCGUUCAAAGCGGGUUUCGCGCUGAUGGCUCUCGGCGCCAUGGCCAAUAACCCGGGAUUGCAGGUGAAAAUCCAGCCAGCCGGAAUGUAUUACUUUCACGCGCAUCGCUUCCGCUCGCGCGCUGUCAUCGACUUCGGACACCCGUUGGAUGUGCCACCGGAAUACGUGGAGAAGUUCAAGCGGGGUGGUGCGGAGAAGCGGGAGGCGGUUGGGAAGCUGGUGGAGGAUGUUGUCGACUCGCUGAAGGCGGUGACGAUCCGGGCGCCGGACUAUGAGACCCUUCAGGUCAUACAAGCGGCGCGUAGACUUUACCUGCAGCCAGGGCAGCACCUCUCCAUUGACCAAGUCGUGAAGCUCAGUCGCAGGCUACUCGAAGCGUACUUCCACUUCGAGGACGAGCCGCGCAUUCAGCAACUACGCAAAGAUAUAUUGGACUACAACACGAAGCUCAGACGGUUCGGCCUGCGUGAUCACCAGGUGCCGCGCGCGGAGAAGAACUCGUCGAAGGCGGCUGUUCUGCUGGUGUACCGAACCAUCCUCCUUUCGGUCUGGGCUGUGUUGGCCCUUCCGGGGACAGCGUUGAAUUCGCCUAUAUUCAUCUUGGCCUCGGUCAUCUCUGCGAAGAAGUCAAAGGAGGCGCUGGCGGCUUCGCAAGUCAAGAUCGAGGCUAAGGACGUACUAGCAACCUGGAAGGUGCUAGUCGCUGCCGCCGUUGUGCCCGUCUUGUACACCAUAUACGCCAUUUUGGGAACGUGGCUCGCUGUACGAGCAGGUGCCACCCGACCAUGGAUUAUUGCGACCCCCUUUAUCACUUUUACUGUUUUACCACUCAUGAACUUUGCCGCGUUGAGGUUUGGUGAAGCUGGAAUGGACGUUUUGAAAUCGCUUCCUCCCUUGAUCGUUGCACUCGUGCCAGGACAGCAGAAGGCGCUCUUGAAAUUGAAGCGGACGCGGGAAGAACUGUCGAAACGACUCACGGACGUGGUUGAUGAACUUGGACCACAGAUAUAUGACAACUUCAAGAAGACGAGGAUCGUCGACCCCUCCGCGAAGGAUGGGUCCCAUGCAUUGCGCCAGAGGAAAGGUGGUCUGGCGAAGAAUGAAGAGGCAAGCAUCUUGGAUGACCCUAUGUCGUGGUUAGAUGAUCGUCUUUUUGGUUGGACCAUGCCAGAGCCGCCAGCAGAGGGAGACGAAGCAUGGGGAGACACGGACUACUGAUUUACUACUUCGCGAACGUGAGGGGCGUUGGUCACGGACAUGAACAGGGCUGUGUAUUCUAUUGAUGUACGUUGUGUAUUUUGAGUAUCUUACUAGCCACCCACACGACCACUUUCCG